GAGAUUGUAAGUAUCUUAAAAUGUUAUUUCCAAUUGUAUUAACAAUAAUGCUGAUGCCACAGAUGUACAGCACAUAUUUUCUAAUCAAUGAAGGGAAAAAAGGGAGCCUGAAUCAGGAUCUUUGAUAUUCAAAGGUGGAGAAUGACUGUGCUGCCUAGCAUUUGGAAGGAAGAUGACACAUGAACAACCUCCACAGAGAGAGGAGCCAUGGACAUCUCUGCAGAGCAGAAGAAUGGAGUCAAAAACAAAAAUGAAACUCACAAGGUGUGGCAAGAUUACCGUGGGUAUCUUAAUGAUGGUGAUUGUUGCAGUAGUCAUUGGACUUGUUGUCUAUUUUGUUGCAUAUGGGAAGACACCUUUCUAUUAUCAUACCAGCUUUAAAGUCAACAACAUUGACUAUGAUAGCAAAUUUGCAAAACCAUAUUCGGAUGAAUAUAGAAGCCUAAAUAAAAAAAUAGUAUCAUUGAUGAAUGAAACAUUUCAUGGAUCUAAACUGAGAAGACAGUAUGUCAAAUCUCAUGUUGUCCAAGUAAGCCGAGCCAAAGGGAAAGUGAUAAUACAUGCUGUGCUGAAGUUUAAAUCUUUUUAUAAAAAUAAUGCAGCAAAAUAUUGGGAUAGUAUUGAAACCAUUUUAUAUCAGAAGCUAAAGGGUGAAACUGGGUCUUUGCUUAUAGAUUCUUCCACAUUUAAAUUUUCAGAUAUUUCAAUGCCGGUGGCAGAAAAUCUUCUCAAUACUUGCUGUGGACAACGCACAAUAACUCCCUCUGGCAACAAAAUUGCAGGAGGCCUGAAUGCUGAGGAAGGGGAAUGGCCCUGGCAAGCUAGCCUUCAGCAGAACCAAGUCCACCGAUGCGGAGCCACUCUGAUUAGCAACAACUGGCUUGUGACUGCUGCUCACUGCUUUGUAACGACCAAUGACCCCAAAGAAUGGACUGUAAGCUUUGGGCUUCUCUUAAGUGAUCCACAAAUACAGCGAACUGUCAAGGAUAUUAUAAUCCAUGAAAACUACCACUACCCAGCACACGACAACGACAUUGCUGUUGUGCAUCUGUCUUCACCGGUAUUAUAUACAAGUAAGAUCCGAAGAGCAUGUCUUCCAGAAGCUACUUAUAAAUUCCCAAACAAUUCAAAAGUGGUAGUCACAGGAUGGGGAACAUUAAAGUCUGAUGGGGAAAGUCCUAAUAUACUCCAAAAAGGAUUAAUAAAGAUUAUAGAUAAUGAGAUGUGCAACAGUCCAAAGGCAUAUGCUGGAGUCAUCACAUCUGGAAUGUUGUGUGCGGGGUUCCCAGAGGGACGUGUGGAUGCCUGCCAGGGUGACUCUGGUGGACCCCUGGUUAGUGCAGAUUCUAAAGGCAUAUGGUUCCUUGCCGGUGUUGUAAGCUGGGGAGAUGAAUGUGCUCUUCCAAACAAGCCUGGUAUCUAUACCCGAGUGACCUACUACAGAGACUGGAUCAUGUCCAAAACUGGUCUCUAGUGUAGAAGUCCUCUGUGGAUUAUAGUUCAAAGCUUAUAUAUUGUUAUGUUUAUAUGUCACUCCCAAGCCAAAUUUUAAAGAUCACCUUUCCCUACACACAUUUAAUGUUGAAAUUUUAAAUAUAAACAAUCUUAGAACAAUUAAAAUUUUAUUAGGCUUUGACAAAAUUUCAGUAAGAUUAUGAAUCAGAAUAUGCAAUUUUCCCUUUACUCCUUUCCAUAUUGGAAGUAAUUAUGAGUAAAUACAGGUUAUGGUUUAUUAAGGAAAUACUCUGCUAAUUUGCAGAUCCAGAUCCCCUUGGAAAAUCACUGAAUAGGUGUUUAUAAUAAACUACCUUCUGAACACAUAAUUUUCUGCUGACAAGAGAAUGGAUUCCACAAGGUCAACAUAUUGGUAGGUUAUAGUUCAGUCAGUUGCAAUAAUACUACCUAUAAAAAUUACUCAAAAAAUCUAUUAUCUUUCUGGCCCUUGUGCUAGUUCUAAUCCUUUGUCAAUUUAUGGCUUUAUUAUCUUGAAUGACACAAAACAAUAUAAUAGUCCCCAUAGGUGACUGAAUAGAUUACAAUGUUUGUUGAGUUAGUCCCAUUCUCUCAAUAAUAGAAAUUAUGCACCAGAAUAAAUAACAUGGAAGCUUUCUGUCUGCUUCACUGUCUUUUUGC